UUACGAGACAGUAAAAAAAAAACAAUUUAUUUUUACUUUUCUUUUUAUUGUAGAAAGACACAUCUUUAACUACGUCAUCAAUGCGCGACGUCGCGUUGCGGUUCUGUGAAGGACAGAUUCGGUCCGCAAUGAAAUAACUGGGAUUUAAAGGUUUCUGUGUGGACUAGCAGCUGACUCCCUCCCCUGAUGUCGAUGUCCUGUUUAACUCGAGCCCUGCGCUCCCUGACGCUUUCCCAGCAUGCUCUGCUGCCCUCUCAGGUGGCUGCUCAGCUGAAGCUGGGAUCUCCGGCGCUCUGCACCGUCAGCCAGUGCAGAGGCUUCCUCACCACAGCCCCCCUGGAGCAGAACCGGACCCACUGGAAGCAGAUGGAGAAGUACAGCAUCAAGCCCAUGGGGAUGAAAAAGACUGGAGGCCGAGAUCACACAGGUAAAAUACGUACACACGGCAUCGGCGGUGGCCAUAAGCAAAAGUACAGGUGCAUAGACUUUCAGCGGUUACGGUAUGAAUCUGAUAAAGAUGGCCAGCCUUUUGAAGAGAAGGUUGUGGAGGUGCGAUACGACCCAUGCAGGUCCGCGGACAUUGCCUUGUUGGCAGGAGGGAGCCGUAAAAGAUGGAUCAUCGCGACAGAGAACAUGAAGGUCGGAGACAUCAUUAAGACAUCAGGACUGAUUGGACGUAUGGCAGUGUCAGCCAACGAGGGGGAUUCCUACCCGCUGGGAGCUCUUCCAGUGGGGACUCUGGUGAACAACCUGGAGGUAGAACCGGGGAAGGGAUCAGAGUACAUACGCGCUGCAGGUACGAGCGGCGUUUUGCUCCGUAAAGUAAACGGAACAGCCAUCGUUCAGCUUCCUUCAAAGCGGCAGGUUCAGGUGCUGGAGACCUGCAUGGUGACGGUGGGACGCGUCUCCAACAUCGACCACAACAAACGGAUCAUCGGCAAAGCCGGUCGAAACCGCUGGCUCGGCAUUCGGCCGUCCAGCGGCUUGUGGCAGAGGAAAGGAGGAUGGGCGGGGCGGAAGAUAAGACCGCUGCCUCCCAUGAAGAGCUACGUCAACAUGCCCUCCAUCUCCUCUAACCAAUAAAGCCGCCGUCACGUCGGGUGGAGGGCGUAUUGUAAUGUUUUGCUUAUGAAUGCAAUUCUUUUUUUUGGAGCAAAAUAUGAAUAAAGACAGUGUUUGUACAGAA